UUGCAUUACUUCCUGUGUCAGCUCAAAGGAACCUAAACCACUGAAAGAUUUAGAUCACUCUCACGUGGUGCCUGACCAAAAACGCAGGAUACAGCAAGACUUUGUGCCGAGCUUGUAAUUCCCAGAUUGUUUUGGCUGUGUGGACAUGGGAGGCAAAGGGGAAGUGGUGGUGCUGAGCAGAAUUGAGCCAAAAAUGGAGUCUCCACAUAUCAAAUUAAAUCGUCUGAGGCUCCGGCCCCGACAUAACCCCUCAUGGGAGAAAAGGCGGGUGAAGACCACAGUCCGAAAGAAAAAAGACAGAGAUUCCAGCCCCACCGAGAUGAGCGUGGAUCCCUGGGCCAGCCCGCAGGACCAGGCAGCAGCUGAGGACUCUCGCAGAACCCACUCUCCACCCUCCCCAGACCAGGAGCAGCAGCAGCCGGAUAAACUGUGCCUGGAAUCAUUCUGGAGCGAGGUUGAGAACAUCCGACAGGGGUGUGGCGAUACAGAUCUCAACUCUACCAGGAGAGACUCCAGGCAGUCAGAAGAGGGAGAACAGGAGGAACAGUGGCUGGCCGACGCUGGCUUAUCGACCCUCAUCAGCGAGGACAGCGAGGAUGUAGACAAGGCUGUUCUGCUCUCCACUCUAACCCGGACGCAAGCAGAAGCUGUUCAGCGCCGCCUGGAUUCCUACACGUUAUCCCGCCGUAAAAAGAACAAGACACCUCCCAGAGACGUUCGGGACAUCUUUAGCUCACCUAUCGCCCAGACUUUGCUGCCCGAGUCUCAGAACAGCAACGACCUUCCACAGAAUAGCAUGGCAUCAGUUGCCAAGAUGCCUUUUUCAGCAGUGACACCGGAGCAUCAACGGGGCGCUCCUAAGGAGGAAUUCCUCAUUACUGACAUUGCUUACUGUGAACAAGCUGUGAUCUUCAUGAAACAGGCCAAUUUUCCACUGAACAACAUCCCACACAGAAAGGAAGAUGGCACCCUACCUCGGAUAAUCUGCCCAAAAUGCCGCCUUGGAGUGACUCGUAUUCAAGACCUCUCCCACUGUGACAUGAAGAAGAUUCGCCAGCUGGCCCUCAUCGACAUGACGGCGCUGUGCGACCUCUUAGAGCUGGAGGUUAAAAGGCAUAAAACUGGAAAGAGAAAGAUUGCAGAGAGCAAACUUUUUGGGGUACCGCUUGCCACACUGCUGGAAACUGACCAGAAGAUGAAACCAAACAGCUCGAUUCCUCUCUUCCUGCAAACGCUGCUGUCGUUUCUGGAGAAAAAAGGAGUCGAUUCAGAGGGGAUUCUGCGGGUUCCAGGAUCUCAAUCCAGAAUAAAGCUGCUGCAACAAAGCUUGGAGGCCAACUUCUACUCAGGGCAUUUCAGCUGGGAGGAAGUGAGUCCAAAUGAUGCCGCUGUGCUCUUGAAGAAGUUCAUCCGAGAGCUGCCAGAUCCGCUGCUUACUGCAGAAUACCUCAACACCUUUAGCGCCGUCAGAGAUAUCACAGAGCUGAGGCAGAAACUGCACAUGUUGAACCUGCUUGUUCUGCUGCUCCCUGAGCCAAACAGGAGCACACUAAAGGCCCUGCUAGAGUUCCUCAAUAAAGUGGUUAACAGAGAGAAGAAGAACAGGAUGAACCUGUGGGCCGUAGCCACCAUCAUGGCUCCCAACCUCUUCCUCCAUAAGGCUGUCCCAAGCCGACUGACUGAUGGGGGAGAGAAAGGACAGGCAGAGAAGGCAGCUGAUGUGAUGAGGCUUCUCAUUCGUUACCAGGACCUCCUUUGGACGGUCCCUAACUUCCUUAUAAGCCAAGUGCGUAGGCUCAAUGAGAACAGCAACCGCCGCUACCAGUUCUACGAUCGACGCUUCAAGAACUUGCUGAGAAAGAUCCAGCCAGACAGCAGGGAAAAACCGGAGAAAAACUCAGAGCCACGUCGUACUAUAAAAAUACAGGUGGGGGAUCUGGUUAACAGCACGAUGGAGUUUCAACUCGGCAUCAACUCCAGAACCUCUGACCUGCUUUCCCAGUUUUACCGGCAGUUCCUCCGCAGCCCGGAAAAUGGAAAAGGCAAAAUGAGAAGAAAUGGCUCGGUGGGAUACCCAGACUGCGCCCUGUAUGAAGUGGGGGGGAACAUCGGAGAGCACUGUUUGGACACAGAGACACAUCUCCUAGAUCUUUACAACAGUAAUCCUGGAGGAGAAUGGAUCAUCAAAAUUAAGCCAAACGGAGGCAGAGGGUAGUGGCCUGUUGGAUGACUGACAGACAGACAGAGGAACAUAUUUCAGAGGAGAGAUGAAGAUUUCUUCUUCAAACCUCCUCAUAGCUCCUGGAGGCCUUCGGAGCAACAAGCAGGAAGAAGGACAGAUGGAGCAGACAGAAGUAUUUAUCUGCCUGGAGCAGAGUUGAGAAUUUCCAUUCUCUGCUUCUUCUUUCCAUCUCUUUUUUUUUUUUUCUACUCCUCAUCCUGUUUCUCUCCAUCCUCUCCUCCUUCAUUCUCUCUUCGGAUGUUCAUUUCCUGUAUUUCUGCACUGCUGCAAGCAAAAGGCUGCUAACGUGACUCAUUACUUCCAGCUGAGAACCUGCUGAACAUAAAGCAAAGCAGAACAGCGAGGAGAUGGAGGGAGCGGCUGGACAGUUGGCUUUGACGUAUUUUCUCUAAGGCAAUCGUCUCCAGCUACAAGCGAACAGAUGGGGAUGCAGAGCACCUCUGGCUAUCCUGAGCCCCCCUCACCUCACCUCAUGCCAGCUUCUGCUCCGAAUACACAAUGUUGUGGAUUUACCCUGAAGGGAAUACAAAGAUAUAGCGGUUUUCUGCUUACAUUCUGAGCAAACAUUGACCCAGCUAGUGCAGUAAUGUUGGUACAACUAGUUAAGAUAUUUUUCGAAACAUAAAAAAGUCUUUUUUUUCUAUUUAUUAAUUCAUCAGUCAACUGCAUGUAUUUGAACUUAAAACUAAAGGAACUUUGACACAUUGUCCCUCUCUUUUCUGUUCGAUUCAAAGUGUUUGCCUCUACUUUGAUACCAUGUCACCUUGCAAUCUAUUAUUUAGACACAGAAAACCCCUGUGUUCUUUUUUUCCACACAUAAAUUAGGAGACAGAAAUGAUAAUGGAGGAGGAGAGGAAGAUAAGUAAAAGCUCUUAGGAAACAUUCAGAUCAAUUUGUUAAUAAGCCUCAUCAUUCACUUGUAUUUAUCUGCUGUUAAUUAAGAAGCACUGCACUGACACCUUUUAUCCAUGAAACUGGCUAAACUUUGGACCUGAGGAGGAUUUUUGCCACAAUGAUGGAUUUGGUGUUGCAUCUUCAGCGACACCUCUAAAGGGAGUUGAUAAGGACACACCGUGAAGCUGGUCUUCAUUUGUAAUUUUUAAACACAAGGAUGCCGAUGGAACAACACUGUUCUAAUUAUUAUGACUUUUAUUUAUAUAAUUUUAAAACAUUUGCUCUGUUUUAGUCCUCAUAGACCCUUUCCAAUGGAUCCAUGUACAGCUGUAGGUUUGCUUCUGUUAUGUACAUAUGCACACUGUGCUGUGAUGGGACAUCACUACUCAAACAGGAUGUUGCUUUUUGAAGCUGUUCCAAACACACACAAGCAGCAGAAGAAUGUUUCACCUUUUUUUUGUUGCCGCUCGUAAAAAGGUAAUUGUUUUUUGCUCCGUACAGCCAUGUUGUGGCGCCGCGGCCAUUUUGUGGCGGGGUGUGUCUCUCAGGCUGCACUCAACAAACGUAAUGACAGCAGGCCCCUGCGCCAAAAUCCAUCAACGCCCUCUGCUCCAUCUCUGUCACCUCCCCAUAAUGGAGCAUAAUGGCAGCAUCAGAAACGCAUGGAGGAAUCACAUUUCUGUGAUGAAGCAAGAGGUAAUAAAUGCGUGAGAUAAAUUCUGCCCCCACCACAGCAGUCUGUGUGUGUGUGAUGAGCUUCACUACACAUGUCCACCAGGCUGCUUUCUGGGUUCUCCUGGGUACAGUUCAGUGCCUCAGCACAAAGCAAACCUUCUGCAGGAGCUAAGGAGAACUGGGUCACCUCUGAAGCUUAAAACAAAGCAUGAACACGCCACAAAGUGGUGUCACCUCUUUACAGUCCAGGACAGACCUUUUUUGUGUUUGUAUAUACAUGAAUGUUUUUGUUUGUGUGUUGAGACGAAGCUCUGAAACAGUAUUACUACCACAAAACCGAAUGGACUUCUUGUUUCCUGUUGAUUUACGGAGUAAAUCUGCGACGUCAGCCAGCAGACGUCUGAAUGUAUAUUUAUGCCCUUUAUAUUGUUUUUAAUCUGUCUGUGAAAAUAAUUUUCUGUAGAAAGAAAAACUUUGGAAAACUGUUUAAUCUUUGGCAAUAAAUGUGAGAUUAAUGCAAUGCUAA